AUGGCAGAAGGAACCCCUGACAAUGCGGGUGAUGUUGAAGCAGUCAACAAGCGAAGAGUUCUCAUCCUGUAUGGGUCUGAGACGGGGAAUAGUCUGGAUUCGGCCGUGGAUCUCGAAGACAUCACCGAGCGCCUGCACUUCAAAACGGAUGUCUUGCAGAUGAAUGAUGUUGGCCUUAGGGCCUUGACCGAGUAUCCCCUCGUCAUCUUCGUCAUCUCCACCACCGGCCAGGGCGAACUGCCCAAGAACGCGCGAAUAUUCUGGAAAAGACUGCUCUCCAGAAAGUUACGGCCGACGAUAUUCAACGGUGUCAAAUUCACCACCUUUGGCCUCGGUGACAGCUCUUACUCCAAGUACAACUGGGCUGCCAGAAAACUUCACAAACGCCUCGAGCAACUAGGCGCUGUUGAGUUCUAUGCUCGUGGUGAAGCCGAUGAGCGUCACGAAGACGGUAUCGACGGAGCAUUUCUGCCUUGGUCCAUCAGUCUUCGCUCGCAUCUUCUAUCAGAAUUCCCGCUUCCAGAAGGGCUUGAGCCGAUUCCAUCAGACAUACAGCUGCCACCGAAAGUUCUUCUCGAGCUUGACUCGAUCAUGGAGAAGAUGGGUGAAGAUACCAAAGACAAGGGCGAGCCGAUCCUCGACUCUAAAGCCGCAUGGUUCAGCCAUGUCGAUGCUGUCGAUGCUGCCGCCCAUGAACAGAUUCUGCGAGAAGACAGGCUAAGUCCCACCUCGCAGAUCCCAUUUGCGCGGCUCUCAGACAGGGCUGCAGCCUCCAUUUUCCGAGGUAUCGACUACCUGGAUCGUCUCAACACGCUCAAAGAUGAUCCAGUGAAGUACUCGCUUGAGGAAUCAAAGUCCUGUGUUACCCAGCUCCCGCCCGAAGAUUUGUUGCCAAUUCCUCAUAGCUGGACGGCCACAGUUGAAUCCAACGACCGCGUGACCCCCGAGAAUCACUGGCAAGAUGUUCGACGCAUCAGGAUGCGCGUUCACGAGAAAUUUCCCGGCGCCGGGCAAUCUCCUGAGUCGGGCUCUCACAAGGCGUCCAACGGCAAGCCCCUGCUUGGCGUGAGCCUCUACUACGACCCUGGCGAUGCUAUCAAGCUUUACCCUAAGAAUUUCCCCGAGGACGUUCAGGCUUUGAUAGACCGCAUGGGGUGGAAUGAUGUGGCCGACGAGCGGUUCAGGCACUUCACUAAGAGGGAUGACGGGAUCGCCAUCGAGCAUGCUCCUCGGGACUGUCACCCCUUGCAGAACAGCACACUGCGGCAGCUCCUGACCAACAACUACGAUAUUACCGCCAUACCAAAGCGCAGUUUCUUCAGCUACGUCAAGUUCUUCACAGAUGAUCCCAUGCACAAGGAGAGACUCUCGGAGUUUGCGGACCCGCGGUUCACGGACGAAUUCUACGACUACACGACACGUCCGAGACGCUCCAUUUUAGAGAUCCUGCAGGAGUUCUCGACCGUCAGGAUUCCCUACCAAUACGUGGCCAGCAUAUUUCCCAUCAUCCGGCCCCGGGAGUACAGCGUCGCCAGUUCGGCAGCGCUGCCCGACGAUGGAGAAAACCCCAACGAUGUGAUGGUUGAGCUCUUGAUCGCGGUGGUUAAAUACAAGACGGUCCUUCGUAAGACCCGGCGAGGCCUCUGCUCCCGGUAUAUCGAGUCGUUGAUGCCAGAUUCCAAGAUACGCAUCGUCCACGUGGAGCACAGCGCGGGGCUGCAGGACAAGGAGUUGGUGCGCCGCCCGUUCCUCGGGAUCGGUGCCGGAACUGGAGUGGCUCCUCUUCGUGCCUUCUUCUGGGACCGAAGCUUUACGGAGUCUCAUGGUCCCCACGUGCUCAUCUUCGGGGCGCGCAACCGAGAGGCCGACUUCUUCUUUAAGGACGAAUGGGAGUCGUAUGAUGUCAAGGUCUUGACAGCCUUCUCGCGGGACCAGAGGGAGAAGGUCUACGUGCAGGACGUGAUUCGGCGGGAGCACAGGCUAGUAUGUGCUCUGAUCCAGCAACACGCCAUCAUCUCGGUGUGCGGCAGCGCUGGGAAGAUGCCGGUGGCCGUGCGUGAAGCGAUCCUUGACGCCAUGGUCAUGGGCGGGCUGGUGAAGAACGAGCAAGAGGCAAGGAACUACAUUGAAUACAACAAUGACUACUGGGAGGAAGUUUGGUAG